CAAUUUACCAAAACUUGUAAAACAUGUAUUUCUAAACCUCUAUUUUAAUCAAAAUGACGAUUAUAUGUUUUUAAUGUAAAAUAAAAUAAAUAAAUGUAUAUUAGCAUUAUUAGUAAUAUUUGUAGAAAACAUAAUGGAGGAAAAAAAUGUAAAGUCAGAUACAACAAAAUUAAAAUUGGUCCGUUGUAUGGAAUGGCUUCAACAUCAAAACGAUCCAAAAAAGCUCUCCUUGCAGAACCAAAAUGAUAUACAGUUUAUAUGUGAAACGAAUGCACAUCGUAAGAAAUUUUUGCUAUCGGUAGCAGAUGAUCACGCUACUGUGCCAGCUGGAAUCGACGAGCCAGCUAUAGAACCAAAGGCCGUGCCUUUGCGCCGAUUACGGGAGGAGGACCUACAAAUGCUGUGUGAAUGGCAGACAUGCAAGACCUACUACACAAACUAUCAACAAUUUCAGAAGCAUGUUGCUACACAUGCAUCUGAUCUUCACAUUAUUGAUAAAGAAGGAAAUGUGGACUAUGUAUGCUUAUGGGAUGUCUGUGGCCAUAGUACCUCAGAUUUCAAUGAGAUGGUACGUCAUAUAAACUACCAUGCGUACCAUGCACGAUUAUUAGCAAUUGGCUUUAACGGGAGAGCAACCUUGAAAUUGGAGAGAUGCAAAAAGGACUCUACUAAAAGAAAUCAAAUACCUCCAUUGAAGAGUAAACAUUGUUGUAUGUGGGUUGGGUGCUCGGAGAGUUUUAAUUCUAUACAGGUAUUCUUCGACCAUGUCAAGCAGCAUAUAAACAACAAUGAUGGGUUUCUCUGUUCAUGGGCUGGUUGCGGAGCGGUGUUUCCACGGCGUGUGUUGCUCACCAUGCAUGUCCGCUCCCACACACGCGAGCGACUCAUUGCUUGUUUUCACUGCGGCCAUCAUUUUGCUUGUAAUAGAAAAUUGAGUGACCAUUUGCUUAGACAGAACGUGCACCUGGGCGCCGGCUUCUCGUGCAGCAUGUGCGGCAUCACGUGCGCCAGCGAGUACCUCAUGCGCGAACACGAGAGACAACACGUGUCAGCGUACGCGUGCGCGCUCUGCGACAUGUCCGCGCCCACGCCCGCCGCGCUGGCCCACCACGUGCGCUACCGCCACCUCGCCGACCACACGCGCACGCACGCCUGCCCGCACUGCCCCUACAGAGCUGUAACGAAAUGGGAUCUUCGAAAACACAUUCCAACACACACACGUAAGAAAAAGCGAAAGAAACGCGAAGAAGACAGCAGUGACGUGGAAAUAUCCGAAGGUAAUUCAGAAGAAGAAGUUAAGAAGGAGAAAGUGAAGAAGAAGUAUGCAUGUCACAUGUGUCCUGAGAAGGAAGUGAAAAUCUUUUCGAGAGGGACGAGGUUGACUACGCAUCUUGUUAAAGUUCAUGGGGCUCAGUGGCCGUUUGGACAUAGUAGAUUUAGGUAUCAAAUAAGUGAAGAUGGCAUGUACCGUUUAACCACGACCAGAUUUGAAUUUGAAGAUGUUUCCAAGAAAAUUGUCGAUGGUUACAGUUGGCCGAAGGAGUCGCUAACAAAUGAGUUUGAAUUUAAUCUUAAACAAACAGCAGUUGCCACGGAAACGUCACCGCAAAGAUUUGAAAUAUCACUUAAAAACAAUAAAAAUAGUGAUGUUAAUGACGUACAACAUGAUUCAGAAGACAAACAGAAUAAAAAUAAUAAAGCAGUUGAAAUUAUGAUGUGCGAUGUCGACGAACAUGGCAACAUUAUUAGCACUGAAACUAUCCAAUCCGAUGUUGUUUACACGUAGCAAGCAAUGUGAUAAUAAUAUUAAUAAUAAUAGAACAAUAAAUAUU